AUGGGACGUGGGAAGAUUGAGAUAAAGAGGAUCGAGAACACCACCACAAGGCAAGUUACCUUCUCCAAAAGAAGAGGUGGUCUCAUGAAGAAGACAAAGGAACUUUCUGUGCUCUGUGAUGCACAGAUCGGGAUCAUCAUCUUCUCCAGCACUGGGAAGAUGUGGCAAUGGUGCACUGAACCCUUCAGGAUGGAGCAGAUCAUAGAGAAGUAUCAGAGAUCAACUGGAGUUCGCAUUGCUGAACGUGACCAUCCCCGUGAAGAAUUUAUCCAUGACAUGGCAAUGCUGAGGCAAGAAACUCUCCGUCUUGAAUUGGGAAUUCAAAGGUAUCUUGGAGAGGACAUGGGGUGUUUACAGUAUGAGGAUUUGACUAAACUUGAACAAGAAUUGGAAAAUUCUGUGGCAAAGGUUCGAAAUCGUCAGAAUGAGCUCCUGCAACAACAAAUGGAGAAUCUGCGAAGGAAGUUGGGAAGAUGUCAGGAACAGAGAGCAGUGUUGGAGGCAACAGUGGAAGGAAGCAAAGGAGUGCAUGUGAUGGAUGAGUUUCCAUUCUUUGAAGAGCAACCUUCUGCUGGUAGCAUCCUUCAACUUGCUUCCCCUGUGCUUCCUCACUUUCACCCUUAUCUUCAGCUCGCUCAACCCAACAUCAACACUCACUCACCCUCCCACCACCAUAACCAUAAUAUCUGUGAGGUUUAG